GCCCUGUCGCCACUUGACAUGACAGCGCAGAGCCGGGAGCAGAGCAGCAGGAUCAAGGGGCACCGACGUGCGGCCGGACGUGCGGACACGACGGGGAACACAGGAGCCUGCGGACGCUCGGCGGAGAGGCAGCAGCAGCAGCCCAGGGGAGGCCGGAUUGCAGUUUCUGGGGACGAGCGCCAAGGGCAGUGCGGCAGUCAGCAGGCAGACCGGGGGGAGGAGGCUGCGAAGAUCUGCGAUACUUCCCCCCAAGUCAACACUGCUGUCUCACCUCCAUAUCAUCCUAAAGAUAUUAUGGUGGAAGUUUUCAUUUUUCAUCAAUGGUGACUGUUGCUUAUUCCCCUAGCUUUUUUUCUUCUUCUUCUCGCCCCUUUCUUCCUUUAUCCAAUCAGUGAUUAUGUGCAAUUAAAGGAUUAGAUCUGCUCUUGAGGCAAGGGUGGAACCCUGAGGGGACUGAUGUGCAUACUGGCCAGGUAUCAUCGGCUCCCGUCUUCUCUGGCUUUGCUCAUUCUGCUUGUCGCCUGCACUAUGGGCUGUAUUCAGAGCAUCGCAUGCAAGCCCCGCAUCAGACGGGAGAACAUUGUAGUGUAUGAGGUGUCCGCCUCUAUUGACCAGUGUCCCACCAUCAUUGAGGAGAACUCACCGAUUGUGCUCCGCUACAAGACACCUUACUUCAGGGCCUCAGCGGGAGUCGUGAUGCCACCAGUGCCCCGCAACGAAACCUGGGUGGUGGGCUGGAUCCAAGCUUGCACCCAGAUGGAGUUCUACAAUACCUAUGGCGAUAUUGGCAUGUCCAGCUGGGAGUUACCAGAACUGCGAGAGGGUCGGGUCAAGGCCAUCAGUGACUCGGAUGGUGUCAGCUACCCCUGGUACGGCAACACCACAGAGACGGUCACCCUCACCGGCCCUACAUCCAAACCGUCCCGUCUGACGGUCAGCAUGAACGACAACUUCUACCCCAGUGUGACCUGGGCUGUCCCCAUCAGCAACAGCAACACACCCAUGCUGACCCACAUCACCAGGGACCAGAGUUUCAUCACCUGGUUGGUGGCCAUGAACUCUGUCACGAAGGAGCGUAUAGUGUUGCAGACGGUGCGGUGGCGGAUGCGGGUGGAUAUCGCCGUGGAUCCAGACAUGCCGCUGGGCUCUCGGGCCUCACUGGUGGGCCGCCCCUACCAGGAGCAACCGCACAUCCUCAACUACCAGGAACCCAUCCCUCCCAACGCGCUGGGGAGGCCGAACGCCAACGAUGCCCAAGUGCUAAUGUGGAGGCCGCGGAGAGGGGCGCCGCUCGUCGUCAUACCGCCAAAAUAAGAGAGUGAAAUGUUUGCACACACAAAAAUAUGAUUGUUCCCUUUUGGAAAAAAAAUAAGUGGAGGGGGGUGUAAAUGGAUAGGAAAGUAAGCCCGAUGGUUGGC